GCAAUGAGAGUGAAAGAACUGGCUUUGGAUCUUGAGCAGCAGAGACAGAACAAUGAUAUCAAAGGAAAGAAGCCCAUCCUGGACGAGGCAGAGAUGGAGCCAAACACAAAAGGACAUGAUGUGGUUCCCAAAAGUUACAAACAAGAAGAACUGGAUGAGAUGUUAGCAGCCUCCCUUGCUUCAGAGGAAGAUGGUUUUACUGCUGAUGUUUCAACAUCUGGCACAGGGAUUCCAGAUGAAGAGGACGAUGAGAAUGAAGACGAAGAGAUGAUACUGCCAGAAAUGCAUGGGAAAAUUGAUCCUGCUGUCUUAGCUGCUUUGCCUCCAUCCAUGCAACUUGAUCUUCUUGUUCAGAUGAGAGAGAGACUGAUGGCUGAGAACAGGCAGAAGUAUCAAAAGGUCAAAAAGGUGCAUUUUGAACACCCGUGUAUGGGUAUCCUAGAAAAAACAUUUUUUUGGUAGUAUCACUCUUUUCUUCCGUUACUUUUUGCAAUCACUUCCUCUGCAACGACACUGUU